GCUGCGCUUGGGAAAGCGAGAUAAACAGUCUCUGUUUUCCUUGGUAAUUAUGGAGCAAGCUGGUUCCCACUUUGAGUCAGAACUUGAUUUCUGUCCUGAGUGUGGUACAGUCCUACCUCUGCCAAGUGUCCAGGACAAGGUGACAUGUCCUUGUUGCUUUUUCUUCAUUGAUGUGCGAGAUUUUGAAAGGAGAGUUAUCCAUACAUCCAUCACCUUCAACAGGAUAGAUGCCACAUCUUCCACAAUGAGUGAAGGAAACGCAGUCAAAGGACCAUUGAUUGACAGGAGGUGUCCCCAGUGUGGGCACGAAGGCAUGGCAUACCAUACCCGACAGAUGAGGUCUGCGGAUGAAGGGCAGACGGUCUUCUACACCUGCAUCCAGUGCAAGUUCCAAGAGAAGGAAGAUUCUUGAUCAAGUUUGCCCAAAUGUGUGGGGGACACGGUCAGAGAAACGCCUCACAUCCUGAUAGAAUCGCUUCAGAAAGUCGGCUUUGGAUUGCCACUGUGACAGUGGAAUGCUUUUGGGUGCUAUGGAAGCAUCCUCUCGCUUUAGCUGAGUGAUUUGCAGAUGGUGACUGUAGGCCUUUGGUAGUGGGCUACAAACGGAAAUAACAGCAGGAACAGCACAUGACAAAAUUGUCUUUCAGGAAGCCCAAAAUCUUACCAGUUUGUGUCUUCUCUUCUUUCCUCAUAUGUUGAACCAAUCCAGGAUUAAACAUAAUGUGUGCUUUUGUUGCAA